AUGGAGCACCUCUUACUUCCUCACGGAGCGACAGUGCCUCGAUCAGAAAAGGUCCCUCAUAUCGCCGAUCAAUAUGAUAAUGGCUCUUUCCUGGACUACCCGAUACGCAGCCGCUUCAAACCUGUGUACGACCUGUUCGUCACGGACGGUGACGAGGCACAUUACGACAAGGGUCGACUGCAGGACUCUGCCAUGCAAGCUGAGCUCAAUGCUUUGAUGCAAACCUGGCUGUUCUUUGGUCUGCUCCACGAGGUCUUCGGCGAUCGAGCUCCGGCCAGUGCUUUCCUGACCCAAGACACUGAGACCUCUCAGACUCUCGUAACGACAAUCAAUCUACCAGGGAUAGCACAGGAGUGGAUCCCACAACACACAGAUCGCGACGAGAGCGAGCGUCAUGAACUCCUCGAGCACCUCGUCAUCUGCACUCAGCGAACGAACGAUUUCAUGAAACAAGUGCGUCGCCAGCUUGACAAGACAAGCAGCUGCAAUAUGAUCAUGGUCACAAUCGCAGCUCUCGGUGAGACCAUGGAGAGUAUAGUACUCGAGACUUUGCACAAGGGAACACGCAGCAUGCCCACCACAUGGGCGUCUUUCUACGACUCGGAAGAUCUGGUAGCGACUAUGUUGCAUAACAACUGGUGCCCCGCCGAUGUGGCUGCCUGGAGGAAUCCCGAGGGCAGUGAGAUUCAGAUGCUGUACUAUCUCAGCAAGGUGGUACAGCCGCAGGUGAAAAAUCAUAGCCAUUGCGAUGGGGCUCAGUGCGUGGCGAGUCAGUAUAAUAUGGCCCAGACUGAGUUGUUACAUCGCUGCGCUGAUCGAAGUUGUGGUGACUUUUACGUGGAUGAUGUGAAGGUGAUGGAUGCGUUGGCUGAUGGAUACAUCGCGCUGCUCGAUAUUAGCUGUGAAGAUGAUACGCAAGAUUUGAGAAUUGAUGUCGUAUCGUCGAAAGAUGGACAGGCUUACAUCGUGCUAUCUCACGUGUGGGCUGACGGCCUGGGCAACCCUUUUGCGAAUGCACUACCGGGGUGUCAACUGGCUUACGUGGCACGCAUCGUACAGAGCAUGAGAGACAAAGCACCGAGUGAAGAAGGCAAGCUGCUCCUCUGGUUGGACACUCUAUGCUGUCCGGUACGUAGCGAUGAUCACCGAGCGAUGUGCCUGGAGCGGAUGACGAACAUCUACAAAGCAGCUGCAUACGUUCUUGUUUUAGACGGGCCGCUCGAGCACUUCAGCUUAGACGAUCUAGACGCGAUCGAGAUCUGUAUGAGACUGAAGUACUCAGGAUGGAUGCGACGACUCUGGACACUUCAGGAAGGCGUUCACGCCAACAGACUGUGGCUUCAGCUCAAGGACGAGUCCGUCAAUCUCGAUCUCGUCGAAGAGUAUCUCUCUGGAAUCUACAAAACCGAUACCAUCCACGAGUCGAUCGUCCUGCCGCUGAUCGCAUACAUGAGAGAGCUGCGAGGCCUGAUCAACCGCCGCGCAGCGAAUCGUGGACCAGCUGGCUUAGCAGAGGUUAUUAGAGCCUUCAAACAGCGCUCUGUCUCCGUUGCCACCGACGAACCUCUGUGCUUGGCCAACUGCUUGGACAUUGAUCAGCGAGUAAUAGUCCGGGUGCGUCCAGAAGAUCGGAUGAAGACGUUCUGGCGUGUACUGCCAGACGUCCGCGACUCCGACAGCGAGGUCAGAGGGAUCCCGAGAGGUAUCAUCUUCUUCCGCGAAGCAAGACUGAGUGAGCCUGGCUACCGAUGGGCACCCGCAUCAGUCAUGCACAAGCAUGAGUUCGGCAAUCUCAGGAAGCCCAAGAUUGUGGGCGAUCUAGCGCGGAUUACACCGCAAGGGCUUGUAGCCAAAUAUCCCGCGUGCGAAGUGACUGUACCGUGUCAGCUCGAAGAAGCGGACAAGGUCCGAUGGAACGAGCUACUGAAAAGUGCUCCAGCAGCACUAUUCAUCCGCUACCAUGAGAAGAAAUGGUUCUGUAUGACCUGGAACGCAGCCCCGGGGAGACACGUUGAGCCCGACUCAAUCAUGAAGCAUAUGCAAGCAGACGGAGGCACCAAGAUCUUCAUUGCAGAACCCGCCCUCGACGAAAUGUUAAGCGACGAAGCCAAUCGUAACGCUGCUCAGCUCAUGACCGGGACUAUUGUGAGUGGAGACAGCGAUAAAAUCCACUUCCGCAGCGAGAAAUACGCCACCAUGGGGUCUUUACCCAAGAACCUCGUAAUACAACUAGAAGCAGUAUGGCAAAUCGCCCAAGACCCCGAGCUACGGUCUCUCCUAUCGCCAAGUCGCAAGGAUCCGGAUGAAGGUCCUCUGUAUCCUGAACUUCCACAAGACGAGGGAUUAAGGCAAUUACCCAACGAUGGAGCGCAAAGACUCUUCGAUCUUGCCGAUGAAGCUCUGCAAGACGAGGAGCUGGCACGAAGCUAUGGUACUGCGACACGGCAGAUGAUGCGGGAGAAUCUUGCUGGUUUGACUAUGUUCAUGGUCUCGGAGCGGUGGGGGCAGAUUGGGAGGACGUGGACUGGCGAGCAGGUGUGGUGUGUUGACUGA